CACUUAUCUUGGGCCAAGUUUAUCCUCCAGUUCUGAAUCGACUAUUCUUCACGUCGAACGGUUAUACUAGAAAGUAGAAACGCCUCUUCGAGCGUAUCCGCCGCCCACGCCGUUGCUGGACUACUCGCCGCCAUCGUACGGAGGAUACACCGUCCAUGGCUACACCGUCGUGUAACGAAGCCGUUUCCUGUCUCUGAUGGAAUAUGAAGAGGAUUCACAUCUCCAACUUGAUCAAAUUAACUCAAUUUUAAGGGUAUUGAAAUAAGACAUCAUUUUCUCUCUCGCAAUGUUGAGGUCUAAAGCAAUAACUGGUCUCAUUAAACCAACCAGUCGACUCAGUAUAUUCAAAAUACCAAUCUCGCCCUUUAGUCAAACUACAAACACACAAGAUCAAACACCAAUUCUACAAAGAUUCCAAAACGUGUCCAAAAAGGACAAAAUUACUGUUCUCGUAAGCAAACUCGUUGCCGUUGAGAACACAAAAGAAGCGGUCUACGGUACCCUCGACGCGUGGGUUGCGGAGGAACGCGAGUUCCCAAUCGGACGAGUCAAAACCGCAUUGUUGACUCUCGAAAAAAAGGAAAAAUGGCAUAAAGUUGUACAAGUUAUAAAAUGGAUGUUAAGUAAAGGACAUGGGACAACAAUUGGGACAUAUGGACAAUUAAUAAGGGCCUUAGAUAUGGAUAAUAGAGUAGAAGAGGCAAAGAGGUUAUGGGGUAGGAAACUUGGUAGGAAUGUGGAAUUGGUGCCUUGGAAAGUAUGUGAAAUUAUGGUAUCGGUGUAUUAUCGAAAUGAGAUGUGGAAAGAGAUUGUGAAGCUUUUUGAAGAGCUUGAAGGGCGUAAUCGGAAAUGUACGGAUAAAGUUAUUGUGGAAAGGGUGGCGGAGUCGUAUGGGAAGUUAGGUUUAGUUGAAGAGAAGGAGGGGGUUUUGGUUAAAUAUAAGAGUUUGUUUAGCAAGAGUAGGGGCAAAUAUGGAAGGAAAUCAAGUAAGGAGUUAUUGAAAAUUGACUUAAGUCAAUGAUUUUAGAAAGGAUAGAUAACCUAGAAGAAGGGAUGAUGUAUUAUGUUAUUAUGUGUUUCCAUAAAUUUGAUUUUGAUUAUGUGUAUUAUGUUAUUAUAAGUUUCUUGAAUAUUGCAAUAAUCAUUUCAAUACAA